AUGAGCUCUCUAGGGGAUCAGGUACGGGACUGGCAUCAGGGCGUACUGGCCGUGGCACGAGAAGACUGGGACCGUGCGCUAUGCCUCUUCUCAGACGUUCGGGAGCCGUCGGCCAAGAUCUACUUCAACAUGGGCUGCGUGCAUCUGAUGGCCGGGAAUCUCGAGGCUGCAUUGCAGGCAUUUGACCAAGCAGUGACCAAGGACACCUGCAUGGCUGUUGGCUUCUUCCAGCGGGGAGUGGCCAAUUUCCAGCUACAGAGGUUCCAGGAAGCUAUGUCUGACUUCCAGCUAGCCCUGGCACAGCUGAGGGGCAAUGCUGCCAUUGACUACACCCAGCUGGGUCUGCACUUCAAAUUGCAAGCCUGGGAGGUCCUAUACAACAUGGCAUCUGCACAGUGCCAGGCAGGGCUCUGGACCAAGGCUGCCAAUACUCUAGUGGAGGCAAUCUCCAAAUGGCCAGAGGGAGCUCAAGACAUCCUGGACACUGCCCUGGAGCAAGUGCAGAAACAGGUACCCCCGCAGCUGCGGCAAGUCCCCAAGGGUAAGGUCUUCCAGCCUCCCAGACAAUACCUACAGCAUCUGGAGCCCAUGGAUUUCCUCGGCAAGGCUAAGGUGGUGGCUUCUGUCAUCCCUGACAACAACUCAGAUGGCUGGCCUCAGCAGGGAGCAGCUGCAAAGGACCCUGCAUCCUUGGUGACUGUCACUGUGCAGUGCUACUUUACUGUGCCCCUAGAGGCCCCAAGAGGCGCUGACCUGUCCAGUCUCCGCACACUGCUGGCUCAAGCCCUCCUUCACCAGGCCCAGAUGGGGCAGCUCAGUUACCAAGCCCCAGGAGAGAAGUUCUGGAUCCCCAUCCCCACGGAGGAAUCCCUGCAGAGUGUGUGGAAGAGUGUGGCCAGGGGCCCAAGUGGGUUGCAGCUCCAGUGCCGGGGAGCCUGGGGCCGACCAGUGCUCUACCAGGUAGUCGCUCAGCACAGUUACUCAGCCCAAAGGCCUGAGGAUUUGGAUUUCCUCCAAGGGGACACAGUGGACGUUCUGUGUGAAGUGGACGAAGCUUGGCUGGAGGGUCACCGAGACGGCUGCAUUGGCAUUUUCCCCAAGUGCUUUGUGGCCCCAGCUGGUGCCUGUGUGAAAGCCCUACCUGUUCCGAAACCCAAGCCAGAAGACCAGCACUAG